AUGGAGGCAGUUCCCACUGCCGUCGCAGCGAGGAUCGCGUCGGCAGGCGAAGGCUUCGCAAGCCCUGGACUCCGUCAACGCUUUGCGGAGGCUGCAGCACCUGCCAGCCUUUGGUCACAGCGACGGGCCGUGUUCUCGGUGGUGGCCAUGGCAGCGGCGGCGAGAGCGACAGCCGGACGACGUGGCAUGUCCUGCAAGCAGUUACCAUGGAUUGGAGAUCGCCGAAAAACCGGUCACCUUGGGACCUCAGUGGCUCUAUGGUUGGCACCCAGCCGAGCGGGGGCCGAGGAGUGCGAAGGCUCCACCUUUAACGGCACCUGGGAGAUCCCACCAGAACUGGGUGGCACGGCGACCAUUGUGGUGAGAAAUGGCACUGCCACCGUGUCCGGCACCAAGCCGAACAGGCAAAGCUGGCAACUGACCUCCACCGGAAUCCAAGGAGCUCCCUUGAUCUUGCGCCUGGCCGGGGUUCCUCGGCAGUUCUGGGUGGAUUGGAGCCCCAUCGGUGGACCCAAAGAGUUGCGGGGCGUGUGGCAAGGUGGCAUCUUGGACGGUCCGUUGGCCACCGGGCCGCCCGAGAUUCUCUGGGACAACGGCAGUCGCUGGCGCAAGACCAGCUGCAACGUGUGUCCAAUAGCGUCACAGGCCGCGGGAGGGAUCCGAGUCGAUGCUGAGAAUGGCGCUUCGAUGACAGAGCUCUUGAGGAGCUUCAAAGAGGUCGACGAGAGCGCCGCCCAUGAGCUGCACUCCAGAAGCUGCUCCCAGAAAGCCGGGGGCCCCGUUGUGGGCACCGUGAGGAUUUCGGUUCAGCGCAAGGUGUCGGAGCCAGGUCAAAGCCUACGGCCCGAUAGCCCCAAGCGCAAGGGCGCCGCUGUGCCAGCGGUGCCAGCACCGAUGCCGCUGCGGCGCGAGUCGGCGCCUGGAGGAGGCUAUUACUAUGGGUCCAAAUUGGACGAACCUUACUCCCCCGGCGCCUGGAGCCGUGAGCGUGGCGGCUCCACCCGGCGCAGCCGGCCGGAGACCGGCAGCGAUGGAGGUCGUUCCCCGUUGAGCGCGGGCCGUGGCGCCAAACUCGCCCCAGGAGGUCGUGUGGCCGGCCCGGCCUCCGGCCGCUUCGAGCAGCGCGUCGCGGAGCCGGAGAACGCGUCGCCAGGACGACGACGAGGUGUGCCGCUGAAGUGCUCCUUUGAGGACACAGGCACCAAAGCAUCGCUUGGCACCUCCAUGUCUUCCACCGGCAGCCGCGCGCGUAGCACCUCCCGACGUGCGCGUAGCGCAUCAAGGGAUCCCUCCCGGGCGCGGUCGCCGACGUUGCAGGAGGGGGUCACGGCAGAGGAGAGAACGGCCACCGCCAUGCAAGCCUUGGAACAUGGUAUGGAGCCUCCCGGCGCCUCGGAUAAGUGGCGCGUGGCGCAACUCUUCGCUGAGGCGGUGCCCAAAAUCCAUGCCAAGGUGCUGAAGAUCGAACGCCUGGUGACGCCGGACAUGGGUUUCAUUGCAGCCAUGGUUCAACGUGCCCAGGAGAUGUUCUCGGCGUUCCUGAAGCGAACGGAUGGCGGUUUCUUGGUGAAGAUUCGAGUGUGCGAGCUGAAAGGCAUCAAGGACAUUUUAUCUCGGCAUCACUCAAUAGAUCACCAGUUGCAACGCAAAAUCACUGCAACUAUGGAGACGUGGAGUAUGAAACAGACACCUUGGAAGUGUCGAUUUUGCAAAAGAAUCAACAAAGCCACAGCAUCGUACUGUGGCCAAUGCGGAAGACACUGGGCAGAGGCGAUCGAUGGGAACUACCAGCAUGUUCCUCAAAGUCAACGGAGGGUGCAGGAGGAGCAAUCCUAUGCACACUGGGAAGAGGACGACCCACCGUGGAGCGCACGUUCCUGGGGCAGCGGCAGAUGGCCUUCGCAAUCUCCCAGAACCAGGUCGCAGACUCCAGCCCAGGCACCGCAGCACAAGAACCGAAGAAAGAACAAAAAAGGCAAAGGGAAGGGCAAGUCGCAGUCGCAGUUCCAAGCUCCGGCAUUGCCAGAAGCACCAUGGACGUCGAAAUCGACUCAGUCCACGACUGCUGCAGCUCCUUCCACCACGCCCGCCGAACAGCAACUUCGUGCAUUGGUCACUGCGAUGAAGAAGAACGAGUCCAGCCUGCCUGCCGACUUGCAGGCAAUGCUCCAAGAGACUCACAAGGCUCAGUCGCAGGACAUGACGAAGGUUUUGCAUUCAGCUGUCACCAAAUUGGGCAAAGCCAAGAAGACCCUUCAGGAUGCAAGAGCUUCCAGGAUGCAGCUCCACAAUGUGUGGAAGACUUAUCUGGCGGCCAGUGCAGAGAAAUGGCAGGAAUUCUGCAAAGACUUCGAAAAGCAGGACAACGAUCUUGCACAACAAGUGAUGUCAGCGACAGAUGCAGUCAAGACAGCACAGGAAGGUCUCGAAGCAUCCAAAAGGGAAGCGAAAGAAGUGGAAGAUCUCGACAGCGACUCCAAGGACGAUAUGGCCCUCGAGAUCUCAGACGAGGAGUCCCAGGAGGUUCUGGACAGCAAGGGUCAGGCAUUGAAAGAAGGCCUCAACCUCAUGCUUGCCAACCUGGAGUCCCUCAAAGAGAAGGCCGAACUCGCAGCAGAGGAGAAUGCUGCCAAGCGGCCUCGCAAAAGGCCCCCAGAUGGCUCUACAGAAGCAUCUUUGCGUUCUUUUGGCACAGCUCCAUGCGUCAUGAAGUGGCUGCACCCAGUGGCCAAAAAACGACAUUUUGUCUCUGAGUGGCAAGCUUCCAUUGAUGCGCUAGAUGAGGCCUUCACUUUGGGUUUUGCUGAAGUGCCUCGACGUGUUCCCAUGCCAUCUAUGGACACUACCACAAAUUCGAAAAGUCUGAGGACUUGCAGUUUUGCUGACAUUGUUGAAGUUGCGUUUGGCCUGGAGGAUGAGUUUCAAACCUUCUUCACAUCAAUCCCACAUGAAUCAUUACGAAAUUGGAAGGAAAAGCCUUGGAAACUUCGACCAACAGCACGACAGUCCAGAGCACGACGAUCACUACGUGGUCCUGGUCCAGUCCUUGCAGAUCAUGAACCGGAUGGUUUUUCAUCUUCGGGACGUUCGAUCUCGGACAAACCAGUUGCCCCAAUGGCUGCCUGGCGUAGAUUUGAGGAUGAAGUCGAGGCGCCCAGCUUCACUAGGCUUUUUCAUGAUGAAGACCCAAUUCAGAGACACAUCAAUGAUCCCACGUUUUUGCCUUCCUGGUGGAAUCAAUUGAGAUCCAUACAUGAACGACUUGGACAUGUUGAGAGCCUCGAAGAGGGCAAGAUUAUCUACGUUUGUUCAUGGUAUCUCCAUGGCCACACCCGCCAACGCAGCCCAGUCAGUCGCAUUUUGCGCUUGGGUCCAGACUGGAAUGAAUGGCUUGAGCUCAUCAAGGAAGUAUGGCAAGAUCAACUCCUACGUGAGCAACCAGUUGACAUUGGGUUGGUUAUGCCUCAUCCACCUUCGACAGUUUUCCAGGGCCACGUUGCACAUCUGAUCCUUAGCCAAGAAGUUGAUUCGGAGACUGCUUCAGUGGGCAUUGUAUCAGCGUACUUUCGUCACUCCAGCAGGGAUGCGAUCGUACAGCAAGCACAUGUUUUGCCGCUGGUCAUCAAUAGGAUGAUUGCCAUUGAUUUGACCUCUACUUGGACGCAUUCAGAAGCAGUUCAGCAGGAAGGCGACAUUGAUGAAGAAGAGCCUAGCUCUAGCGACAGUGAGCCUGACCUGGCCUGGUGCCAAGCCGCUGUCUUUUCAGUACAUGGCCAACCACAAGAGGGCUCUGUGAACAUUGUCCACGAUGUGAAUGGACAGUCCAUCCUGUCCAUGUUCUACCGCAAGAUCUUGCAGAAAGAGGACUUCGUGCGUUUUUGGCACAACAUCGGAACGAUCUUCCUGCUCAUUCUAGAUUGGCGUUUGUCCUUGUUGAUGUUGAAUUUCAUCCUGCAGGGCCUUGCCGCAUCUAUGCUUCUUCAGAUGGGUAUUGACACGCAAGAUCUAGCUGCAUUUUACUGGAUUUCUGACGUUGACAAUGACCUUGAAUCCAUGCCCACGCACCAUGCCGUGAUAGAGGAUGUUCAGUCUUCUGAAGAGAUGUCACCCCGCUCCAGUGGUGAGGCAAGCAGUCUUCUGCAAAUGACUGUAAGGCUCCAGAAUCGAGGACGAGUCAUUGCACAGCACGAGAGUGAAGAUUUUGCUGCGCUCAGGGAGCGGUACUGUGCUCAGCACGACCCCAACGUCCAAGGGCCUGUGGCUCUACAACCCCAAGCGCAGCUCCCAGAUUUUGAAGCUGCUCUGCUGCCACAUUGGAGAGCCCACGCCAUUGACGGACCAGGGGGAAUGGAGAGAGUUGCCACAGUGGUAUCUUGGUACAAUGACCAUCAUAGAAAUCCACUUUGCGCACAACCAAGAGUUGUACAACUCUUUGAGGACCCGCUUGAAUGGAGAGCUCUCCUCACCAGGGCUUGGAUCGAUCUUAUUGAUCAGGAGAUUGAUGUCCACUUCUUUGUGGUGCACCCAAGACCACUGUAUGGAGCAGUUGAACUUGCGGCGCACGUGAUCCUGGUCCAACGCCCUUUGGCUGAUUUCAAGUCCGUCCACGUUGCUGUUCUUGAUGAUGCGGUUCAGUCUGGAUAUCCCAGACAAUGGGCGUUAAUCAUGCCCAACCAACUUUUGCUCAAUAUGGGCCUGGACAUCAUGGGUUAUGCUGCACUUUGCCAUGUCUCCUCGCCGGCCGCAGUUUGUAGCCUUUGGCAUGGUGACCGAGAACUGGUGAAUGAUGAACCUUUUGCAAUUGCACAUGGUAUGUCACUGUCCCUCUUUGUUCAGCGCCAACCAUUGCAGCUGAUGAGUGGCCUCACAGAGGGCUUGAACCUGCUCCAGACGGGCGUCAUCCGCCGCAAAAUUCAAUUGGAACAGCUUGUGCACUAUGAGGAGCCUGCUUCCUGCAAAGUCAUCAGAGUUGUAGCGGGUGUUCACUACAUGCAAUUGCCGACCUUUAUUGAGCUUCCCUUUGGAUCUGACCCCAAGGAUGUUGAGAGCGAGCUGCGACAUUGGGGCCAUGACUGCUCAUGUGUGCUCUUCACGGACUACGACGUGGCAGUCUGUUAUCCUAGAGCGAUACCCAAGGGGUCUAGGCCUGCAAUUCAUUUGUAUUUACAAAUCGUGACAGAGUCUCAAGUUGACUUCAUUGUGGAUCGGAAGGUUUUAGCAGACACCACUCUGGCGCAUAUGCGAUUUCUCUAUGAGCAUGGACACUGGAGAGCAUGUAUCCACAGCGUCAUAGCUGAUGAAGAAUCUCCUGCAAAACUUUUCCGCUUCUACGACAACGAAGUUGCUGAAGCUCCUGCACAUGGUGAAAGAAGCCCGCUCCCAUGGCCUGACAGACUGCCCAUGCCUGAUGUGUUACGCCCAGCCUUUGACUCUUCCAGGGUCAUCAGCUGCAGCACUGAGUGUCGUGUGGAGCUGGGACUGAAGGCCGAAGACAUUGAGCAGUUUUUCCAAUCAGCACAAGAUAUUCUUUGUACCACAUUGGAGGGCAUUGAGCUUCCACCACACAUUGCUCAAGCACUGGCCCGUUGCCAGCCGCUUGACAGGAUCGAUAGACUUCUUAUUUAUUGCGAUGGAAGCUCUCUCCCAGAGAAGCGACGAUGCCAGCCUGCCCGUGCAGACGAGCAGGGGAAAGGCGACACAUGGGCUUUCUUGGUGCUUGCGGAAGAAUACACCGACUCCGAUCACCCAAAGCUCAAUUUUGUUGGAUGGACAGCUCAACCUGUCCUGUUCCAGGCUCAGAAUCACAACCUGCCAACGACAUUCUGCACAGACUGCAUUGCCGCUGAACGUCAAGGGGCUGGAACCAAUGGAGCUAAAGAUCCCUCGCUGCCUUUUCGAUUGCUUCGUGCCAAUUUUCAAGCUCUUGAGUCGAUCAUCAGCGACCAAUUCCUCUCGAUGUCUCACGUCAAGGGGCAUAGCGGUGACGUUUGGAACGAUCUCGCUGAUCACUUGGCAAAGCAAGAGAGGCUUAAAAGUUUUUAUCUUCCGCGACAGAAAUUGGACAUGGGCAAGUGGCACAAAUCACUGCCGUUUUUCUGGUGGGUGCUGGCAAAGGACUGCAGUCUUCCUCCUUUUCAUGAUGGCUUCUUUGAUGUGAGUCCACCUGCAUUGCCGCCUGCUCAGCCACCAGAGCUUCCUCCGUGUGUUGAGGAUUACAAGGAUGUCCACUUCCAGUUGAGUUUUGGCUCUUGCAAUGUGGCCUCUCUUUACACUGGUGAACACGGAAAUGCGGGCAAGGUUCAGCUCCUCAGAACCCAAAUGACAGAGUUUCAAUUCAACUUCAUGGGAUUGCAGGAAACCCGUUGCCCACAGAUCUGUAGCUUUGUUGACAAUGUUCCCAGACUGGGAGCCGGGGCCUGCAAAGGCCAUUGGGGCGUGGAGCUGUGGCUGAACCUCAAGCAGCCUAUAGCUCAUGUGGACAAGACUCCGCUUUUCCUGACCCAGCAGGAUGUCAUUGUUGUGCAUCAAGAGCCUAGGAUCCUUGUUGUCAAGGUUGACCACGCGAUAUGGAAAGCUUGCCUGGUUGUAGCACACGCGCCACAGAGCGGACAAGCUCUUGAAGAGCGGUGCAAAUGGUGGGAGCAUUUUACGACCACCCUACAUCGCUUCGAUGCAGGGAGCCCGAUCUAUGUCAUGUUGGAUGCCAAUGCGGCCCCUGGACAAGCUGACAACAAAGCAGUUGGACUCCAGGGCUUUGCAGAAACAAAGAAUACGCCACUUUUGCGACAGUUCCUUGCCGAGUUUGAUCUUUGUUUGCCAGCGACUUUUGCUUGUCAUCAAGGUCCUCGUGACACGUGGAUCUCUCCGCAAGGUGAUAGUGCCCACUGCAUUGACUUUGUGUGCGUGCCAAGUUGCCAAGUUCAGUCGUGUUCGUUGUCACGGACAGUUGAGGAGUUUGAGCUCAUGAAUGGUGAUUUCGAUCACAAAUUAGUGGCCCUUCAACUAGACUGGCACGCCACCCACCUAUGGCCGAGACAAGGCAGCACCAAGGUGAAACACCAUGGCAAGACCAAUUUCAACCGACAAAGUAUUUCCAGACAGAAUGUAGCCAAGACCAUUGCCAAAAUCCCAGUGCCAGAAUGGUCGACUGACAUUGACACUCAUUUUCAGCACUACAAUCAAGAUCUUCUAGCCAGUUUGUCUCAAUGCUGUCCUCGACCUACAAGGGGUCCAAAGAAGACGUUUUUUACAUCCGAACUUUGGACAUUGAGGACCAAGAGAGUGACAGCUAAGAAGCAACUCAGUGCUGUGCGUCAACGUCAUCGAUCUGAAUUUCUGCUCUUCAUUUUCAAGGCUUGGACUCGGCUGCGAUACCUCUGCACCCUACACCAAUGUGAACACACGGUUUCAUGGCGCUUGCUGCACUCAGAUUUGGACUGGUGCAAUUUGGUGAAGGAUGACCUCAAGUGGCUAUGGAAGCAGUUGUGGCAGAGUUCAGCGUUGCCGGAUCCUGAGACCAACCUGGAGACGUGGCGAUAUCUAUGGAAAUUUCAUCCGAACUGCUGGAAGGGCCUUGUGCGCAGAGCUUUCUUGCACUCAGCCCUUCAGAGGAAGAAUGACGUCCUGGUCCGGAAGCACCAUGCUGCCUUUAUUGCGGUCAUUGAGAAUGAGCAAGUCAUUGAGAAGAGCAACAAGCCUGAAGCGCAGCCUCUCUUUGGUGCUGCACAAUCCUGCUUUGCUUGUUUGAGUUGUCGCCGUACUUUUCGCAGCAAAGCUGGUGAGGCAGCCCACAUGUUUAGACGCCAUGGUAUGGUUUCUUCCCUGCGGUGGCUCUUUGACACUACAGCUUGCCCAUCUUGUCUGCGCGAGUACCACACCUUCGGACGUCUCAAAGCACAUUUGUAUGCCAAUGAGAAUUGCCGCAGAUGUUUGCAAAACAGACCUGCCCUGAUAGCCCCGGAGGCUGGUGUGGGAUCUACUGAGAACAACCUCAUGGAGCAUCGCUUGAAUGGUCUUCUUCCUCCGCUGCAAGGACAGGGACCUUUCCCUGCCCCAUGCCUGAGGCGGGAAGUGGAGGACUUUGACAUCGAGCUCUACGCAGCGAUCGCUGAGUGCUUGCUUCAACAUGACGUGCCAAGACAUCGAACUGAACUUCAGCAGCAGUUGGCUCGACACACUAUUUCAUGGACUAUGUGCGAGCGCACGGUAGCGGCGUUUGUUGCAAAUGCGAGCUUGCAGGAUGCACAGGCGUUUGGCUAUGAGGAUGUGCAGAGCUUCCAGGUUGUCAUGACCGAAAUGAUGGAUCCAUCGCAAUGGGAGUUCAUGCGACAGCAGUGGCCUGACCCUACCUUGCCCACUAGAGAGCAACUGACGCAGGCGCUGGACGAGGCUGAGCUUUGCGCGAUGGAAGCAAAGCCUCGUGCUUUUGGUGCGCAUCGCUUGGUCUUGCACGCUUUUUCUGGUCGCAGACGUCCGGGUGACUUCCAGGAAUUUCUGGACGGCAUUUUGGAGGCUCAUGAAGGAGUUGUUGUACAUGUGAUUUCCGUUGAUAUCAUCCUCAGCGCUGCUUGGGGCGAUGUCACAGAUCCGACGUGUCAGCGCUUUUGGUACCACGGAGUGCGCUCCAAGUAUGUCAUUGGCUACUUGGCAGGCCCGCCUUGCGAGACUUGGAGUCAAGCGAGAGCUGUGGCGACUGACGAGCGUUCUGAGGAAACACAUUGGCAGGGGCCGAGAGUUCUUCGCACUUUGCAAGAUCUUUGGGGCAAACCGUGCCUGGCCAUUCGUGAGAUGCGUCAGAUCCUCAUAGGUAACCAGCUGCUUCUGUUCUCCUUCCACAUGAUGCUGCUUCUCUAUGUCACUGGAGGCUGCGGCGCGCUUGAGCAUCCAGCGCCCCCAAAGGACGAAGAAAAAGCGUCCAUUUGGAGGGUGUGUGACGAGCUGCCGCAAAACUCUUCCAUUGGAAAGGAUUCGCAAG